AUGCCAGACAAAUGGUUGUGCAGUCUCUUCAUGAAAGCCUCCACCGGGGAGCCGGACACCGACACGGACAGCGGCUACGGCGGCGAGUGCGAGGGGAAGAAGACCCCGCAGGCUGCCUUGAGGGUCAAGCGGGAGCCCGCGGGCGACGGGGUGGGGGGGGACCCCGAGGGGUCCAAAAGACGCAGGCUGGAGAACGCCGGCAGCCCCUCGGCUGGCCCGGGGCAGGGGGCUGGGGUCUCAGAGACCAGGCCGGCUCUUUUCAACCCCCGGAUGGCUUUGGGCGUGGGGAGCGGCAUUGAGGGGGCUCUCUUGGCCCAAGCCGCCCCCACCGCGCCCUUCUGCUUGCCUUUCUACUUCAUCGCCCCGUCCGCUGCCUACCUGCAACCUUUCCUGGAGAAGGUCGGCUGGGAGGCAUCGCUUUACCCCGCCGGGGCCGCUGCGGGACCCUUCCCCUUAUUCUACCCAGGGAUUUCCAUCCAGGGGGCCGCCCCCGCGGCUUUGCCUUCCCUUGCCGCGGCCGAGAAAGGGAGCCCGCUUUCAGGGGCAGCCCCCCCACCCCCUCGCUUUCCCGGGCAGGGAGACCCCUCUGCUCAGACCCCUCCCCGGCUUCUCCCCCCCUCCGCAAGCCGGCCGGGCUAAAGGCAGACACGGAUCCUCGCCCAAAGCUUGAGCUGCAGCAGCCCGGCUGGGGGA